CUUCGGAAUGGAGGGGUGGUCCUAGAGAUGGCCUCCCCGGAGCCGGUCAGAUGGCUAGUAGCCCAUGCUCAGCAAUUUGAGGCAGUACUGAGUGAGCAAGCGAAGAUCCGCCCACGGCAGUACAAGUUAGUGGCGGAGUUUAUGCCAGUCGGAUUUGACCCCUCCCAGGAAAGGGUGUGGCGACGGACAGAGGCAGACUUGGGCCUAGAUGAGGGCGCAAUACUGGAAGCGCGCUGGAUCAAGCCAGUUCACAGGAGGUACCGCGAGCAGCGGUUUGCCCACCUAUUGGUCACGGUCUCCUCUCCAGAGGCCGCCAAUAGGAUUAUAAGGGCUGGACUGAUCCUAGCUGGCCGCCAUGUCAGUGUACGAAAAAAUCUUGCAGAACCGAUGCGGUGUGCGAAAUGCCACCGCUACGACGCAGGACAUCUGGCAAGGGACUGCCCUCAGGACCAUGAUACUUGCGGCACAUGUGGACGAGCUCACAGAACGGCAGACUGCGCAGUACAGGAUCUGCAACAACACCACUGUGUUAACUGCAACGUGAGGGGGCACGCUGUUUGGGACCGUGACUGUCCGGUCUUCCUAGACCUCCUGAGCAAGGCAGACGCUCGCCACCCUGAGAACAGCCUACAAUUCUUCCCAACAGCAGACCCCAAUUCAUGG